AGAAACCUGCUGGCAGGCCUCAACAAGACCAACAGUAGAGAGAAAAAGACUGACUCGUCUACUCGAGGGAGGCUCUUCUUACCUGGUGAGGAGGAGGAGAAGAAGAGCAAAAGAGACCACAGUUUGGGCUCUAGUAAUCGAUUAAAGUCUCCGGUGGCACUGAAGAAGAAGAAGGAGGAGGAAGAAACCUCAUCGGUGAGUGAGCAGCAGGAACAGCUGCAGAGCAUUCUUAAAACUCUGGGAUGGAACCUGGACGUGGACGAGCUGAGCAAAUUGGCAAACCGCACUCAGGAGAGGCUGUGCGGGAGAAAAAAUGAACGCGUGAACAGCAAAGAGGAGCACGAGAGGCGCCAGAAGCAGUCUCGUGACCGAGAUCGCAGGAAGUCCUCAUCAGGCUCUCCUCUGCGGAGCAGCAAAACAGACCAGAGUCAGGAGAGAAUGCAUGGGAGCAAGAGCGAAGGGAGGGCGAGGAAGAGUGAAGGGAGGAGGAGGACUGACAGCAGAGAGGAGGACGAGACGCAGCAGAGGCGCUCUCUUAGAGAUCACAGAAAUUCCUCGUCCUCAUCUUCCUCCAGGUCAGCCUCUAGAAGCCCGAGCCCCUCGUGCCGUCGACGCUCUCGCAGCAGAGAUUUGAAACGGAGGCGGGAAGCCGAACGAAGCCGCUCGCGAGAAAGAAGCAGAGAGAGACUGAAACACAGAGAUCAAUGGAACAGCAGAGAAACACCGAGGGACAGAGAGCGAAAAGACUCAAAACAGUUUCCUGCUUAUCCAUAUUCACAAAAUCCCGUGUUUCCUCCUCCUGCUGCUUCUCCAUAUCCAGACUACAUUUUGUCUCAGUACUCGCAUUUUGCUCUUACCCAGAGUGGCCACUACAGCGGUGCUACAAAUCCUUACUGGUCAUACAAUCAGUACAACACUCCUCCCUCUCUUUCUGCCAGCAGCCAACCUUACCCACACUUUCCUGGCUCUGCAGUGGCACCUAACACGGCUUUCCCUGAUCCCAGCCUUCUUACAAACAGUGCCUCAUUUCCAAACAGUGCCUCAUUUCCAAACCCGGACCUGUCUGUGAGCGAAGGCCAAGAUGGGUCAGCCUCUGUUUCUCGCUGCCUGAGAGUCAUCAAUACCGAGCAGGCAUCCUCUCAGAGCCUCACAGGUGGACGCAACCGGAGACGGCGUCGCAAAAAACAUAUGAUAUAUUUCAGGAAUCCCAUAAGUAUUUUAGAGAACCACAAUAAUGCAUUGAAGACACCACUGGCACCACAGGACUCAGAGGUAUGCACAAAGACUGUGGGU